AUGUCAAAGAAAUCAUACAAGAUAGCAUUUGUUCAUCCAGAUUUAGGAAUUGGAGGUGCAGAAAGAUUAGUUGUUGAUGCAGCUGUUGGAUUACAAGAUUUAGAUAAUGAUAUCAUUAUUUAUACAUCACAUUGUGAUUUAACUCAUUGUUUUGAAGAAGUUAGUUCAGGUCAAUUAAAAGUAUCCGUUCAUGGAGAUUUCUUACCAACUAAUGUAUUUAAGAAAUUUCAUAUUUUAUUUGCCAUAUUUAGACAAUUUUAUUUAGUUUUAACAUUGAUUAUAUCUGGUAAAAUUAAAGAAUAUGAUUUUUUCAUAGUUGAUCAAUUAUCUUUCUGUGUUCCAUUAUUAAGUUUAUUUAGUUCUCCACAAUGUCGAGUUUUGUUUUAUUGUCAUUUUCCUGAUCAAUUAUUAACUAAAAGAUCAAGUUUUAUUAAAAGUUUAUAUCGUGUACCAUUUGAUUUCAUUGAAGAAUGGACAACUGGAUGGAGUGAUCAAAUUGUUGUUAAUUCAAAUUUUACUAAACAAAUAUUUCAUGAUACUUUUAAAAGAUUGAAUAAUAUUAAUCCUGGUGUAAUUUAUCCAUGUGUUGAUACCGAAAUUAUUAACGAUGAAUCAAGUGAUGAAGAAGUUUUGAAAUUUUUUAAAGAUUCUCGAUAUUUCUUAUCAAUUAAUAGAUUUGAAAGAGCUAAAAAUAUUGAAUUGGCUAUUCAAGCAUUUGCAAAACUGAAGAAAUUAAUACCUGGUAAACCAAGAUUAGUUAUUGCUGGUGGAUAUGAUGCAAGAGUUUUAGAAAAUGUUGAAUAUUUAAAAGAAUUGUGUUCAUUAUGUGAUAAUUUAAAAUUAACAAACUUCACCAUUAGAGGUAAAUUAAUUGUAAUGCCACCUUCUACUGACGUAUUAUUUUUACCUUCAAUUAAAAGUUCAUUGAAAACUUCAUUAUUGAAAAAUGCCGAAUUGUUAUUGUAUACUCCAGGAAGAGAACAUUUUGGUAUUGUUCCAGUUGAAAGUAUGUUGUAUAAAACUCCGGUAUUGGCAAUCAAUUUUGGAGGUCCUUUGGAAACUGUUGUUAAUUAUGAUGGUGAAAAUAUAACUAAAGCUACAGGAUUCACCUCUCCUGGAGAUUAUGAAAAAUGGGCUAAGAUUAUGAUUAAAUAUUAUAAUGAUACUGAUAAAUCUAUCAAACAGAAACUUGGUGAAAAUGGAUAUAAUAGAGUAUUGAAUAAUUUUUCAAGAGAUGAAACCAGUAAAGAAUUUUACAAAAAUUUACAAGAAUCAGCAUCAACUAAACUGACAAGUAUUAAAAUACCUGAAUUAUCUAAAUUCAUUCCAUUUUUAGUCAUUACAUUCUCCUAUAUAAUUUAUAGAUUAUUUUUUAGUUUAAAGUAA